AUGAAGCCCACUGUCGUCUUUCCAGUGGCGUUGACGUGCGGAACUUCAAAGCCCAUUGACUUGGACUUUCUGAUGGAUACCAUUCUUGAUAUGAAGACGGUUUUGCAGCAUGGCCUACAUGAUGGCAAUGAAACAUUCCAAGUCACUCUGAGAUGCAUAGUGUGUGAUGCUCCUGCGAGGGCCAUGCGAGGCGAAUAUUUUGGGACGAUUACCUACCAAGAAAUCGAGAACCUGGUUCCACGGACAGAUGCCUCAUUUCGCAGUCAGACUUAUGCAGAACACCACCAUGAUGGUGAUCCAUCCCCCUUCUGCCAGUUACCUAUUGAUAUGGUGAAAACCUUCCCAGUAGAUUACAUGCACCGCUUAGGCACCAUGAAGAGGCUUCUCCUUGUCUGGAUUAGAGCUGAUGAAGUGAGGGAGCAUGGAUCAUUGGAUGCAUGUGCAGCUUUCCCUUUCGAGAACUUCAUGCACAAGAUGAAGAAACUUGUGAGAUCAGGAAAAAGGCCCUUGGCACAAGUUGUCAAACGGCUUAGUGAAAGGAGCAAGAAGACAGAGCUUGAACUGAAGGACAGUCCAAAAAAUACCUUCUGCUAUUGGCCAAAGCCAAAUCCUACCCACUCCAGAAUCCGGAGAGCUGAGAUUCCUGACAAAGAAGUCUGGGAUAGGCUACCAAUUCGGGUUUUCAGGAAAACAUUGACUGAAGACUUUGACAAGGCCCUUCAAUAUGAAAAACAAGCUGAAAUGUUUUCGAGCCCAGAGGAAGAAGAAAUAUCAACCAAACGUAGUCACAUCACCCCUGAAUGUUAUAGAAACGAUGAGGAAGAUGUGUUUGAUGCUGACGACGAAGAGGAAAUUCGGCCAAAAAAGAAGUGCAGAAAAGAGAAAUCACAGAUCCUCAUCCAGGCACCCCCACUGCCAGUGCUCCCACCAUUGAACUUUCCAAUCUCCAGCGAGUACCAGACCACUUCAGCCAGUACCAGCCAAUACUACACCACUCCAAGGCAUCCAGGCCGACCUCACAGCCCAGCGAGAAGCAGCACUUACAGGCUCAGUCCAGACAGGAAUCAUGCAUCUAGCUCAAGCCAGUACCAAACCACUCCAGCCAGUAUGAGUCAGUACCAGACCACUCCAAGAAGCAGCAGGAAUGCCCUUGAAAGUGAACUUUUCCAGUUAAACAUGAAAGUUCAAAAACUAGUUGAGAACCAGGGAGAACUGAUGCGCAUGCUGAGAGGGCUGGCAGCACAGUCUGUGGGGCCAGAAGCUGUGGAUGUUCAAGAUCUCAUUGAGAAGCCUUUCGAGACUCUUGAGCAGCUUAAGACCUUCAGUGAACAGCUCGACACUGAUCUUCUGCUCAGAAAGCAGCUGGUGAAAGCUCUUACUGCUCUUGGUGGGCAGAAUUUGGCAGACACAGUGAGGACAAUGCUGAGGAAAAUUGCCACAAACAAAGUCCUGGAGCAGCUUGGUCUCCGUGGAAAGACAGGCAAAGUGGCAUUUGAGGACUUGCCCUUUUACAGAAUAAUAAUAAAGGCAUGCAGGGGUGUUCACAAACAGACGACCACAGCUGAAGUAGAUUGUGAGCUUGGAGAGGUCCUGAAACUGGCCACUUUUCGAAAGGGAGGUUCAAAGUUUGAGGAGAAGAGGAGGAAUUAAGAGGAAGCGACGGCGAAGAAGGGCAAAGGGAGGUGUACAAAGGAAAUGGACAGUGAGAUGAGUGACCAGAGGGGGGGGUUACCCACAUAUGCGGUCCUCUCCAAGGUUUCUCAUAGUCAUUCACAUUGACGUCCCACUGGGGAAGCGACGGCGAAGAAGGGCAAAGGGAGGUGUACAAAGGAAUAGGACAGUGAUAUGAGUGACCAGGAAGCGACGGCGAAGAAGGGCAAAGGGAGGUGUACAAAGGGAAUGGACAGUGAGAUGAGUGACCAGGAAGUGAAGAAGAAGAAAACAGGGAAAGGGAAAAGAACCAAGCAAACGCCAGUGAGACCAGUGAGCAUUGAGCAGGAAGAGAACCAACAAGAAGGGGCAGGAGUACACUGACGCGCACGACCAAGACCACAGCAUUCCAUUUCUAUUGUAUUAUAAUUAUCACUAAUAAAGAAUUAUUGUUGAA